AUUCACAUACGACAGCGUCGGUGAAAAUCAGUGCACUCGGAAGAGUCACAAUAAGGAUGUGGCGAGAUCCUCCAGGCGGAGGGUAUAAGAAACCCAUCCACAUCGCCACUAUGUUACUGCUAGCUGUUAUUCUGACAUUGACAACGGUUAUCUCUGCCGAAGAUGCAUCUAUGGGACCGGUGUUUGUCAAGGAACCUCCAAACCGGAUUGAUUUCUCAAAUGGAACUGGAGCCGUCGUAGAAUGUCAAGCAAGAGGAAAUCCACAACCGGAUAUCAUCUGGGUUCGUUCUGAUGGAAAUACUGCUGUAGGAGAUGUUCCUGGAUUGAGACAGGUUAUGCCGAACGGAAAUUUGGUGUUCCCUCCUUUCCGUGCUGAAGAUUACCGUCAGGAAGUUCACGCUCAAGUCUACACCUGUUUAGCACGUUCCCCUGCAGGUUCGGUACACAGCCGUGAUGUCAACGUGAGAGCCGUGGUUUCGCAGUUCUACGUUACCGAGGCCGAAAACGAGUACGUGAUCCGAGCUAACAGCGCGAUCAUGAAAUGCAAAAUACCGAGCUUCGUGUCCGAGUUUGUCCAGGUGGAUCAGUGGGUGGCCGACGACGGGACGAUUUACACGGCCGGUCAGGAGUACGUGGUCCAGCAAUUCUACGAGACGAGGGUCAUCGACGAGUUUGUCUUACGCGGAAAUACCGCAACCCUGAAAUGCCUCGUGCCCAGCUUUGUGGCGGAUUUUGUAGAUGUGAUUGAGUGGCAGGAUGAGGAUGGUUCAACUUAUACCGUGAAUAGCCAACAAGAAAAGGUGGUCGCCCAGUACUUUGAGGUUCAGGUUUACGAUCAGUUUGCGAUACGCGGCAACGCGGCUAUUUUCAAGUGUCAAGUUCCUUCGUUCGUGGCCGACCACGUGGACGUGGUGGGAUGGAUCGAUUCCAACGGCGGCAGCUACGUCGCCGACGCACAAUCAUAUGUUGUCGGGCAGCGGUAUGCAGUGAACGUGAUGGACGAACACGUCCUUCGGGGGAACGCCGCAAUUAUCAAGUGUCACAUACCGAGCUUCGUCGCCGAAUUCGUCGAGGUUGAUUCUUGGAUCGAAGACGAGACCACUGAUAUAUAUCCUAGCGCCGAUUACGAUGGGAAAUACUUGGUGUUGCCAUCCGGAGAGCUGCACAUCAGGGACGUCGGACCCGAAGACGGAUACAAGACUUACCAAUGCCGCACGAAGCACAGGCUCACUGGUGAAACUAGGCUAUCCGCAACGAAGGGACGUCUCGUCAUUACUGAGCCGGUGGGCAGUGUACGCCCAAAGAUUCCGUCGACGGACGACGUGCGCGGUUUCCGGACUCUGGUCGAAGACUCCCCUGCCUUGAUGUGCCCGGCACAGGGGUUCCCCGUUCCCCUGUACAGAUGGUACAAGUUCAUCGAGGGCACAACGAGGCGUCAGCCGGUUCAACUGAAUGAACGCGUACGUCAGGUCAGUGGCACUCUGAUCAUCCGUGAAGCUCGAGUCGAAGAUUCCGGUAAAUAUCUUUGUAUCGUCAACAAUUCCGUCGGCGGCGAAAGUGUAGAGACCGUUCUGACUGUUACGGCACCACUGACCGCGGAAAUCGAGCCUAGCACGCAAACUAUCGACUUUGGAAGACCCGCGACCUUCACCUGUACCGUUCAAGGUAAUCCGAUCAAGACCAUCUCCUGGCUCAAAGAUGGGAAGCCCCUUGGAUUGGAAGAUCGCGUACUGAGAAUCGAAAGUGUGAAAAAAGAAGACAAGGGAAUGUACCAAUGCUUUGUUAGAAAUGAUCAGGAAAGUGCACAAGCAACGGCAGAGUUAAAACUUGGUGGAAGAUUCGAGCCCCCGCAGAUCCGUCAAGCCUUCGCCGAAGAGACUCUUCAACCUGGACCGAGCAUGUUUUUGAAGUGCGUUGCCAGCGGAAAUCCUACCCCCGAAAUUACCUGGGAACUUGAUGGAAAACGGUUGUCGAACACCGAGAGACUGCAAGUGGGACAAUACGUCACGGUCAAUGGUGAUGUCGUGUCUCAUCUGAAUAUUUCGAGCAUUCAUACCAAUGAUGGUGGUCUCUACAAGUGCAUCGCUGCGUCAAAGGUUGGAGCUGCUGAGCAUUCUGCCCGCCUCAACGUUUAUGGUUUGCCGUUUAUUCGUCACAUGGACAAGAAGGCUAUCGUUGCUGGAGAAACUUUACGUGUCACUUGCCCUGUUGCUGGAUACCCAAUCGAAAGUAUCGUUUGGGAACGAGAUACCAGAGUCCUGCCAAUCAACAGAAAACAAAAGGUCUUUCCUAAUGGCACACUCAUCAUCGAGAAUGUUGAACGAAUGAGCGACCAGGCAACCUACACUUGCGUGGCACGUAAUGCACAAGGUUACAGUGCACGUGGAACACUGGAAGUUCAAGUCAUGGUUGCCCCUGAAAUCAUGCCAUUUGUGAUCGGCGAGGAACCGGCGAAUUGGGGUGACACCAUCACUGUAACUUGCACGGUGUUGAAGGGCGAUCACCCGAUCCAGAUUGAGUGGGCACACAACGGCGAGCCAAUUUCUCGAGAUCAUCCCGAUAUAUUGAUAGUUAAUACCGGCAAGCGUGUUAGCCUGCUUACGAUCGAUGCCGUGACGGCACGCCACGCUGGGGAAUACACCUGCACGGCUAGCAACGUUGCUGGUGGAACGAGUUAUUCCGCAUCACUGGCCGUGAAUGUUGCGCCGCACAUAGGGCCUUUCGCGAUCAGUGACGGACCGGCGAAUUGGGGUGAUAUGGUUUCGGCGACAUGUUCCAUUAUGAAAGGCGAUUUUCCUGUAAAGAUCGUUUGGACGUUUAACGGCAAACCGAUUAGUGUGCAUGAUUCUGAUAUUAUGAUCACGAACAUAAAUAAACAUAUGAGUGCUCUCAGCAUCGAAUCCGUGGCCGCGAGGCACGCGGGCGAGUACACGUGUGUAGCUACGAACAGAGCCGGCAACGUCAGCCAUUCGACCACCCUCGUCGUCAACGUACCUCCUCGUUGGAUCCUGGAACCUACCGAUAAAGCAUUUGCUCAAGGAUCCGAUGCACGAGUAGAAUGCAAAGCCGAUGGAUUUCCUAAGCCUCAGGUCACGUGGAAGAGAGCUGCUGGGGAUACGCCGGGAGAUUAUACCGAUUUGAAAUUGAGCAACCCUGACAUUAGCGUGGAAGAUGGCACUCUCUCCAUUAACAAUAUACAAAAGACGAAUGAAGGCUAUUACCUUUGUGAGGCUGUUAAUGGAAUUGGGUCAGGCUUAUCAGCUGUCAUUCUUAUUUCGGUUCAAGCUCCUCCGCAAUUUGAAAUUAAACUAAGAAACCAAACCGCUCGUCGUGGAGAACCAGCUGUAUUGCAAUGCGAGGCGCAAGGAGAGAAACCAAUCGGCAUUUUAUGGAACAUGAACAACAAGAGAUUAGAUACGAAAAGCGAUCCUCGUUAUACUAUUCGUGAAGAAAUCUUGGCUAACGGGGUACUGUCCGACUUGAGCAUUAAACGAACCGAAAGGAGCGAUUCUGCCUUGUUCACUUGCGUAGCUACGAAUGCUUUCGGUAGUGAUGACACUAGCAUUAAUAUGAUCGUACAAGAGGUGCCGGAAGUUCCAUAUGGUCUUAAAGUGUUGGAUAAAUCAGGACGUUCAGUGCAAUUAUCAUGGGCCGCGCCUUAUGAUGGAAACAGUCCAAUUAAACGAUAUGUUAUUGAAUACAAAAUCAGCAAGGGUUCCUGGGAAACUGAUAUUGAUCGAGUGCUCGUACCUGGCUCGCAACAGAAUGUAGCCGGAGUAUAUAAUCUAAGACCCGCGACCACCUAUCACCUUCGAAUCGUCGCUGAAAACGAAAUUGGCACAUCUGAUCCGUCUGACACGGUCACCAUUAUCACUGCAGAAGAAGCACCUACUGGCCCACCAACUUCUAUUAAGGUGGAUGCUCUUGAUCAGCACACGCUAAAGGUAACGUGGAAACCGCCUCCACGCGAGGACUGGAAUGGUGAGAUUCUCGGCUACUACGUUGGAUACAGACAAUCGUCAGACAAACCUUACAUGUUUGAGACUGUCGAUUUCUCCAAAGAAGACACAAAGGAACAUCACUUGCAGAUCGCAAACCUCAAGACCUAUACACAGUAUGGCGUAGUCGUUCAAGCAUUUAAUAAAGUCGGCUCCGGACCAAUGAGCGAGGAACGCAGGCAACACACCGCAGAAGGCGUACCCGAGCAACCACCCCAUGACACUACUUGCACGACUCUUACUUCUCAGACUAUCAGAGUGUCCUGGGUGUCACCGCCACUCAGCGCGGCCAACGGCGUUAUCACCGGUUACAAAGUCAUCUACGGACCAUCCGACACGUGGUACGACGAGAAUACAAAAGACACCAAGAUCACGUCUUCAAGCGAAACCAUUCUGCACGGUCUUAAGAAAUACACCAACUACAGCAUGCAAGUUCUGGCUUUUACAUCUGGAGGAGAUGGCGUUAAAUCUGCACCAAUUCACUGCCAAACUGAGCAAGAUGCACCCGAAGCUCCUAUUGCUAUCAAAGCUCUAGUCAUGUCUUCGGAAUCCAUUCUUAUCUCAUGGCGUCCGCCUAGUCAGCCUAACGGAGUUAUUUCUCAAUAUACUGUUUACACAAAAGCGGAUAAUGCAGAGGAGCCAACCAGUCAGAAAGUACCACCAAAUCAACUAACUCACGAAGCGUCUGGAUUAGACAAGCAACUAAGAUAUGAAUUUUGGGUGACCGCUAGCACGAAUAUCGGUGAAGGUGAAGCUUCGAAAAUUGUGACUUUGGGACCAAGUGUUCGAGUACCGGCCAAGAUCGCAUCGUUCGACGAUAAGUUCACUGCAACAUACAAAGAGGACGUUAAGCUGCCAUGUCUCACUGUCGGCGUACCCGCACCGGAAGUAACAUGGAAAGUACGAGGCGCUACUCUUCAACAGACCGAUCGAUUGAGACAAUUACCCGAGGGAUCGCUAUUUAUCAAAGAAGUCGACCGCGCGGACGCUGGAGAAUAUUCUUGUUACGUGGAAAACUCUUUUGGACACGAUACCGUAACUCAUCAGCUAGUCGUACACGCUCCUCCACACUCACCGCAAGUUACCCUUACCGCCACUACCACCAACUCUUUGACGAUGAAAUUACGCCCACAUCCCACGGACAAUGCACCAAUUCACGGCUAUACGAUUCACUACAAACCCGAGUUCGGCGAUUGGGAAACCGUUCAGAUCAGUUCUACAGCACAGAAAUAUACACUCGAGAAUUUGUGGUGCGGUUCCCGAUAUCAGAUUUAUGUCACCGCUUAUAACGGAAUUGGAAUCGGCGAUCCUUCAGACAUUCUAAACACGCGUACAAAAGGCUCCAAACCAAUCAUCCCCGAAGCGGCGAAAUUCAUCGAGGUAUCUACGAAUAGCAUCUCUUUGCACUUGAGCACUUGGUCUGAUGGUGGCUGCCCCAUGUUGUACUUCGUUGUUGAACAUAAGAAGAAAAUGCAGCAGGAAUGGAACCAGGUCUCGAACAACGUCAAACCGGGCGGUAACUUUGUAGUAUUGGAUCUAGACCCCGCUAGCUGGUAUCAUUUGCGUGUUACGGCUCACAAUAAUGCCGGUUUCGCCGUGGCCGAAUAUGAAUUUGCGACUUUGACGGUGACUGGCGGUACGAUCGCACCUCCUAUACGUAAUGGCGGUAAUGACAACACUGCGGAUGUAAGACGGUACUUCCCAUGGUUACCCAGCUGGCUCGACGUAAACGUGGUAGUGCCAGUUGGCGCGACGGUCGUUGUUAUAAUAGUAGGAAUAGUUGUCAUUUGUGUGGCGCUCUCGAGAAGAACUCGAGGCCCGGAACAAACACGGCUGCGAGGUAUCUCUUCAGCCGACGAGAAAUAUUACGAGGGACAAUACGACGUAGUCUAUCAGCAAACCGGAGUUGGCGGCGCUACCUUGGACAAACGCAGAUCCGAUCUUCGCGACGAACUAGGGUACAUCGCACCUCCGAAUCGCAAACUUCCACCUGUACCCGGCUCGAAUUACAACACCUGCGAUCGUAUCAAGCGAGGUACAGUUAUAAGUGGAACUAGCUCGUUAAGGAGUCACUCGACGUGGGAUCCGAGGCGACACAUGUAUGAGGAAUUGAGUCACUACGCGCCCAACAGGAGAUGCCCACCACCACCACGUAUGGGCAGCGCGGACGGUCUUUCGCACAGAGGUAUGGAGGAUGAAAUCUGCCCAUAUGCUACGUUCCAUUUAUUGGGAUUCCGCGAGGAAAUGGACCCGAGCAAAGCUAUGCAAUUCCAGACCUUCCCCCAUCCAGGAAAUGGCCAUUCUGGCACUAUGGGACCACCCGUAGGACAUCCGACUAACGCUUCCGCUCAUAGCCGAUCUGGAUCUCAGUCUAUGCCUCGUCAAAACGGACGCUACUCUCGAGUACCAUCCCAAGGAGGCGGUAGCGGCACGCACAAUGUCUUUUCACCCGAAUAUGAUGAUCCCGCUAACUGCGCUCCCGAGGAAGACCAGUAUGGAUCACAGUAUGGACAAUACGGCGCACCUUACGAUCAUUACGGAUCUCGCGGAUCGGUCGGACGUCGUAGUGUAGGCUCGGCUCGCAACCUUCCCAUCUCUGGCUCACCGGAACCGCCCCCACCGCCGCCAAGAAAUCACCAGGAUCAGAAUAACUCUAGCUUCAACGACAGCAAGGAGAGCAAUGAAAUCAGCGAGGCCGAAUGUGAUCGCGAUCAGCUCGUCAACCGCAACUACGGCGUGAAUGCUCGCGGCAAGGACGGCAUGACCACCGAGGAGAUGCGUAAACUCAUAGAGAGGAAGCCAAACGAAGCUCCCGGUCGGCAAACCGGCGGCCCCCACGGCGGUCACGGGGGACUCCUCACACCCUACGAUACUGUGGCAGUGUAACCUGUAAAUCGUCAUCUUCCGUGGUCUUCCGCCUCUCUCGAUAGCCGGCGGCCGCGAGAAAAGCAGCCGAGAGACGCGGAAAUGAAGCGCACGCCAACUCUUCCCCCGGUGCUGUCGUCGGUCCAAUUUGCAACGAUUUACGAUAGAAAUUAGAGACGUCGUCGCGAGUAGAUAGAUUCGAUUACCGUGUAAGGUGUACGCGUAUUGAUAUCAUCUCGAGAUCAUAAUUACGGACGAGAAUUCUGCAGCCCGCCUCGCGAAAUGGGACCGCCUCCUUCGUUCUUGCGACCAUAUCACGCGACUUUUCUCUUUCUCUCGCUCACGGCCUUCCGCUCUUUCAUUGUACUUCCUCGGGUACGUUCGUUUAUAUUUGAUCCUGGGGGAAGGCCAACUCGAAACUGCCUUGUUUUUGAUAAAAUCUUUUCGGACUGGUUUAGUCGAUUAUGCACAUUCGGGAAGGCCAGACUCAAGACUGUUCUUAUCUACUGCCCUUUAAUGCGAAGGAGGCACAGCGAUUCGUGAGGUCAGCCACACUUCGUUCGUAACUCUUUUACGAGUCCUGGAACACUUCGCGCACGUUCGAUUACAUCUAAAUUUUUUUUAUACUAUGACUGGCCGAAGAAAAUGACCCGCGUUUUGACGCGUCUUCCUCGAUGACGUGCGAUCAGACUCAACGAUUUGUAUACUUGACGCGAACUUUAAAUUAACUAUAUCUAUCCUCGCACACACACGUGACGAAAGAUUCCGAGACAUCGGAGACACUGAGGGGAAUUUGAAUCUUUUCGGACUAUGUAUCGUCGAACGUGCGCGAGAUCUUCGAGGUUCGUGAGACUGCCGCGAAAGACUUGUCCUGUAGGAAGGCGAACACAGCCGGAAGUCGUGUGUUCGCGGACUGUUCAGUUGCGGCAGAGACGCGGCCCGCGAUGGUGCUCUCGGCGACGGUGAAUUUAACGGGGGUCUUCUGAUAUAUAUCCGGGAUAUAUAAUCCUAGGUUACAUUCGUCGCAGGAGUUGCGUAUAAUGGGGGAAAAAAAAAAAGAAAGGAAACGUAUAAACGACAUAUAUGCGUAUACAUGAGAUUAGUUGGUCGCUUUUUAAGUCAUGGUUGUGCCACACUGCCGCUCCCUGCGGGCGUACGAUAUAUAGAUACAUACGUACACAUAUACUAUAUAUAUAUACUGUACGAUUUAUAAUUUCGUAACGAAGGUUGUGUCCCCUCCCCCGCUCCCUUUCCUCUCUUU